AUGUCUCACGUUCGUCGCACAUCCGGUCGGAUACCGUGAUGUUGUCGUUGUUGCAUCGCUGUUGCCCAAUCAGGCGUAUUUUCUUUGAUGUGCCAGUGAAAAUCAUGUUCGGUACUAACUUGUAUUUAAUAUGCUUUGCCUUGCCAACAAAACGCACACAUAUAAAGUUUGGAUAGACAGCUUGUCACAAAUCUUAGAGCGUCAACAUUUCAGAACAAAAAUUCCAUCGAUUUUCUUUCUAUUGCUAGGCGAUCUCUGUAAAGGAGUCUAUGUACGCGCAUAUCUGUAGGUACACCAGAUAUUUCCAAACUUAGCCCAUCUUCGUACUUAGCAUUCUUUCCCACGUGCUACAACAAAAGUCGACUUGGGCAACGGAAUUCGUUAGAUUUAAAGCAUUAUUAUUAUUAAAAGCCAGUAUUUCGACACAAAACCAAGGAUAAAUUACGCUUAGUACCUCGAACCUUCUAUCAAUUUCAAAUGUUAUCAUUUAUUAAUUUUAAGUGCUCCUAAAAUUGCCUAGAAAAGAUAAGUUUUUACAGUGCCUUUGACGUAAUGUUUGAUACGAUGUCACAAUAUGAUCGUGAUUCAAGACUCACCGUUCGAGCUACGCAAAUAUCUCGCCGUAUCUACCUCGAUCGAAUCUCAGUCGGGUUGGCAGACGAUCUCAUCUCAAUCCACAUCCGACUUGCGCCGAAGGCCAAGACAUUCGCGAAGAAACCUUCGGCUCUGACGCUUCUAGCUAAAAACACGAGCGCGGGUCGGAAACGACUAGACAAAACCGUAACAGCAGUUCCAGACGAUGAAGAAAUUCUUGAGAGCGCCGAUCAACCCAAAUCUCUUCGAGCAUUCUCUAUUGAACUACAUAAAACAAGAGAAAGUUCAAUGCAAGCAGCCAAAUUCUGAAUUAGCCGCGUGCUUUUCUUUUUGGCCCACGUUCGUUACGGGGCAUACAUGGCUUAGUAUUUUGAAUG